AUGCCAGCGCAAGAGUAUGGAAUCACCAGCAAAGAGACAGAAAAAAUUGUCUUGUCGAAGGUGUCGAUCACGAAAACAAAAACGAUGGGCGAGGCUGACAUUCCACUAGUGCAGCGAGACGCGGCCGUGCGAGAAUUGCACCCAAGCGAACAAAGGUAUACUCGAUCUCUCCAGGAAAGAGUUUCACAGCUUGAAGCUCAAUCGCUGGAUACAGCACAGGGUGACUCUCCAGUUGUACGACAUGGUGCUGCAAGGGGCUCAUGGAUUGGUGGCGAAGGCCUCGAACUGCAAACCAAUUCAGACUCAAUCCGCCACACACCCAGGAUAUGCACGCCUUCCCAACAGUCAGCUGAAGGUUUAUCCAGGCCAGAAACAGAAAUUACUCGCAAUCUCAUUCUCCCGACAUGUCCGACCUCCAAUGUUCCUUUUUCCUCCCUUCUCCGUCCCGAAGCAUCAGGUCAGCAACUGGUAGCUGGCGAUCAAUGCGGCCAUUCAUCCCUAUUGGUUAGCAUACUGGCUGCUCUUUCAAGCGGAAAUCCUUGUGGGAUAAAAUCACCUCAGAACGAUAGUCUUCGCGAUAUACGAAUUCAUUCAUCUGAGGCAGCUCAAUUAAACUCCCCGAGGCAUUCAAUCUGCCUUUCUGAUUCUGCGAGCAAUGCGCUCAUCGAGGUUUAUCUUCAAAGAGUCAAUCCACGAUAUCCCUUUCUUCAUGUUGAUACAUUUUUGGAAUGGUAUCAGUCAUGGAAAGCAUCCAGGAAAGCCGAGCCUACUGCAUAUCAGAGAGACCGAUGGAAAGACUUUUUCGUGGUGAUGGUGCAAGCCGUCAGUAUACUUCUGACUCCGCAAGUAUCUCAGAGUGAUAUUGCCGUUUCCCAACUGAAGACAUGCCAGGCAUUGUACAACACGGCGAUCAAUUUUCUACCAUUUGUUUUCGCAUAUUCUAGUCCAGUUUUGCAUGUGCAGGCUUAUCUAGUCUUGACUUUGCAUGCUCUUCAUUCUCCCUCGUCACAGAUGAUUGUGUCGAUGGUGUCAGCAACAAUGCGCCACUGUGCCAUCAAUCAGCUUCAUCUGGCCGAAACUGAGCCUAAUGUGCCGUUUCCAGCUUUCUCGCUCGAAAUACAGAUCCGCCGCAGGGUUUUCUGGUCUGCAUACGCGUUAGAUCGAUUGAUUAGCUGGAUCUAUCACAUUCCGAACAAUCUCAUUGAUGAGCAUAUCACUGUUGAGAUGUUCUCGAAUGUCGAAGACACCCAUCUGUAUUCAGAUACGACAAUAAUUGGCCAAGCUCAGGCAUCUGACUUGCCUCAAAGAACGCAUAUAUCCCCAGCUCUACAUCUUAUACGAUGCAGAUGUAUUCAAUCGCGAAUUAUUAGCACAAUGAUGCGAUCUGACUUCAACAAGAUCGAUGCCUCCCCCACAUGGAGACAGCAUAUGCUGCAAGAGCUAGAGUCUUGGAGAACCCAGAUACAAUUGCUUAGCCACAGAUCAUCCAGGGGUUAUUUGAGUGAUCGAUGGGUUGGCAUGGCAUACAAUUACACAAUUCUCUUGUUGCAUCAACCCACAAAAGAGAACGCGUCUGGCAUUUUCGGCGAGCGGUCGGUAAAAGCUAGUGUCCAAAUAAUGUUGACUUUCAGAGAGUUCCAGAAGGAUCGACAGACUGCCCAAUUGUGGCCUGGGCUUCUCAGUCAGUUUAAUGUUGGUGUCACUUUUCUAUAUUGCUUCUGGGCGACUCCGAUCUCCCAUCGAUCAACCGAAUACAGCUCUCCAGAGGUAUCUGAAGCAUUACGCGCCUGCUCAACGAGCCUAGCAAUUCUAUCUGAGCGUUGGGUUCAAGCCGAGCCCCUUCGCGACAUAUUCGACAUAUUGACCAAGGAAAUUCCUCUACACAGCGUGGAAUUGAUCCCACGGUGUCUAUCUGCGAAUGCAGUUACUCGUAUCAAAUCCCAAAUGGAUUGGUUAAGAGUCGUUGUCAAGAAUCGUGGAGUUUUGCGGAUGCUAGAUGAGAUGAUCAACGAAGAUUUUCCCUCCAGUCCUGUCGGAAUUUCCGACCAAGCGGUUGAUCAAGAAAGUGGGAUUCAGGAAAGUACCGAGCAUUUUUGUUCCGAGCAUUGCUCUUUGUUUCCGGGGACUGUGUUCCAUGAUCCGAUAACAAGCAUGGGGGGGAUUGGAAGGUGA